AUGCAUCCUUUUAUACAUACGCAAAAAGAGAGAGUGAGAGAGAGAGAGAGAAAGAAGGAAAGAGAAGGAAGGAUAAAUGAGAUGCAGCAAAGAAAUCCUCAGCGUCUUCAGCCCUUGUCUAACAAUCCUGACGGUGCCCCGGGUUCAUCACUGCAAGCUAUAAAAGUGCAGCAAAAGGCUCGUGAAGAAGAAGAGAGGAUUCGUUUGAAGCGUGUAAAGGGUGCUAUUGUACUUGUUUUGCAAUUUCUACUUGAUCAAGGCUACACCGGGACGCUGCAGACGUUGCAGCAGGAAAGUCACGUUUCGCUGCAACAUUUUUGCCCCGCAGACAACGUAGACCUCCUUAGCAUCAUUACAGAGUACGAGCAGUACUUUGAGUUUCGGUUUAAUCGUCGAGUAAAGUUGUUUCGGGCUGUGGAAGGUGCACAAGAUGUUUGGAGGGAGGCUCAAAAUGGGGAGUGCGUGGCGGUGCGGCGGCAGCGAACUGCUUCCCCUGGCGCACCCGCAAGACGAGCGGCGGCCCACGCGAACAAUAACAAGGUCAAUUACGCCAAUGUCGCAAAUUUAGGGAGCGCACCACCCGGUGGCCUACAGGAGACACAACGUCCUGGAGGACAGCCGCCCACAAUUGCGCGGGGCUUGGCGCUUGCCCAGAGGCCACCCACGCCACUCUCCCCUCAGCGUCUCCGAAUUAAAAAUCAGAAGAAAUUAGCGGGAAAUGGAGCCGGACUUAUGGCUGUGGAAGGAAUGCGUGUAGAUGUUGUGCCAGAUCCUCAGGGCAAUAGUAAUGGGAUUGAAGAAGAUGAAGAUAUGUUUUUUGGACGUGCGUUGAAGCCACUUCCCAGUUUCCUUUCGGUGGAGCAGCAGGAAUUGGCCAUGACCAUUCAGCGGGAAAUUUUGGACGUUAACCCCAAUGUUCGUUGGAGUACCAUAGCAGAGUUAGAUCAAGCGAAGCAGUUGCUAAAGGAGGCAGUAGUCAUGCCUGUCAAGUACCCAGAGUUGUUUUCAGGUAUACUACGACCCUGGAAAGGUAUCCUUCUUUUUGGACCACCUGGUACCGGCAAAACCCUUCUCGCGAAGGCUGUGGCAACAGAGUGCCGGACGACGUUUUUUAACAUAUCUGCUUCCAGCGUGGUCUCCAAGUGGCGUGGUGAUAGUGAGAAGCUUGUCCGACUGUUGUUUGAUCUUGCAGUGCAUUAUGCACCGAGCACCAUAUUUAUUGACGAGAUAGACUCCCUCAUGUCUUCUCGCUCUGGUGAAGGUAUGCAUGAAGGGUCACGACGGAUGAAAACAGAGCUUCUUAUUCAGAUGGACGGUCUCUCAAAGAGGCGAGGCGGAGAUGUCGUCUUUGUGUUGGCAGCAAGCAAUGUACCUUGGGACCUUGACACGGCGAUGCUUCGUCGUUUGGAGAAACGCAUUCUUGUGGGUUUGCCAUCCCAUGAGGCGCGUGCGAUGAUGUUUCGACAAAUUCUAACCCCUUCUGCUUCAGCACCAGAUCUGGAUUGGAACCUCUGCGCAGAACUCACGGAAGGCAUGUCCGGUGCUGACAUUGAUGUGGUGUGUCGUGAGGCAGUGAUGCGGCCGAUACGUUUGUUGAUUGAAAAACUGGAGCGUGCUGGCAGCCCGAUGGAGUUGACAGGUGGGUUACUGCAGCGGCCGCAGGUAACCAUUAAGGACAUCAUGGCAAGUGUGGCGUGCACACAAAGUAGUGUGCAAAGAUCGGAUUUGGAAAAGUUUGACGCGUGGGCAAAGAAGCACGGCUCGGGUGUUUCCUCCUAA